AUGCCUCCGAAAGUGCGUCAGCGAGGCAAAAAGCCAUCCAAGCAGCGAAAGUUGCAGCAAGAACAAGAGCAGGUCGCAGAGCCAGUUGCGUCUUCUUCCACUACGUCCAACCCUCUCCAGUCUCAGGCGGACUUUAUUCCUCUCAACGACGACAACACAGCAGCGGCUGCAGGGGAGGAGGAGAAGGCAGAUGGUACUCCGAACUGGGUUAAGCUCGGCGACAGACCGAGUAAGGCUGAGCAUGAAGCGCCGUUCGGUUAUGUGGAUGCCGAACUGAAGGCCUACCUCCGAGCAGGAUGGCAAAGAGUAGUGGAGCUCGAAGCGCAGGGAUAUGUCGCUAAAUCAACGCUCACUACUCUCUCGGCUGCCGGUGCUGGCUCCCAUACUAAUGGACCAGCAGGUCAGGAAGAGGAAGACGACGAACUAGCACUCCUACUCCAAGCGACACUCAAAGAAAUGGACGGCAAAGAACUCCUCCUCUCCACCGACCCCGACACAUCCCUUAUCGUAGAAGGCAUCUUACAUCGACUCCCUGCAAAACCUCUACGCGUAUUUGUCGACAGACUAGGAGGAAACUUCGUCACUCUUUCCAAACAUCGUUUUGCGUCCCACGUAAUUCAGGCUUGCCUCAGCACUCUUCAGCCUGCGGUGACUUUGGAACACGCCACCUCUCAACAUUUCUCGCAGCACUCUCACCUUUCGAAUGCCAAUGGGAAGGGGGCUUCUUCAGCAGCAUAUGCAAGCGAUACAGCGACGAUUGUAAAUGAAGAUGGGAUUUUGCGAAGUGCGACUCAGUUGAUUUUGGAUAUUGCAGAAGAGUUAUCGGCGGAUACAGGGGUGUUGGAAGGGUUAGUGACGGAUGCGUUUGGUUCGCACGUGUUGAGGUCGUUGUUGUGUGUAAUGAUGGGGAAGAAUGUCCAGGUUGAUGCAAAUGCUUCUGUUCAUUCUGCGGCUGCGGCUGAUUUGAGGAGUAGGAGAAGUGCAAAAUUCAGGACUCGAAAAGCUCCAACUGCUGUCGGAGGUGCUCCCACAUCCACAAUUUCAGCAGAAGAACUACUGGUCCUUAUCCCAGACCUACUCUUCAACCGCGCAGCAACACUCCAGAAGGAGAUUCUCGCCGAAGCAUCGAUCGACACGAUCAGAAGGUGGGCGACGGACGCAGUCGCUUCCCCCCUGCUACAGCUCCUAAUCGAAGCCGAAACCGACAGCCUCAACUCCGUUCAGGAUGGCGCUAAAUGGAAAGGCACACUAGUAGACAACCUUCUCAACGGCUUUAUCUCCUCUCCCCCGCCUAAUCUCACUUCCGCAGAAGAGGUGCAAAAAGACUCCUACCUAGAAACUUCCCUCCGAGACUCCGUCGCAUCGCACGCGCUCCAAUUAGUCCUUGAACGAUGCCCUAUCACCACCGCAUCCCGAUUCUUUUCCAUCUACAUUCGAUCUCGUAUGGCGAAACUAUGCGUUCAUCCUGCAGCGAACCAUAUCAUUGCAGCACUAAUCAGGAGGUUGAGUACGAACGAUUUGGAAGGAGUUCUCGGUGAAAUGGGGAAGGUUGCGACUGGGAUGGUGAAGGAGCAGAUGGUGGGAUGUAUCUUGGCUGCGGUUGAGAGGGUUGUGCAGUUGGCUCAGCGAGGGGAGGGUGGAGAGGAGUUGGUGAAGGGGGUGAGUGAGGUUGUGUUGGCUGGGUUCAGGUUGAAGUCGAAGGAGGAAGAGGGGGAUGGGUUGAAGUUGUUAGUUCCGGCUGUGUUGGCGUUGAAGACUAGAAAAGCAUAUUUGCAUACUUACUCAACAUGCUUGAGACGGGGUUAUGGUGAGGAGGGUGAAGAGCGCGGUUCGAAGCGUGGUCGUGACGGAAAGACCAAAACUAAGGGCAAGAAAUCAUCAAAGAAGACCCUAGAAUCCGACGCAGAAGAGGACGAAAACCCCUACACCAUGGAUCCAACAUACGAGCUCCCAAUCACAGAAGCUACCAUCCAAGGUUCCCUCCUCCUGCAAUCCCUACUUCGCCUCCCGGGACCAGCCGCAGCUUCACGUGCACCUCCCAAACGAACAUUCGGUCGUCCUCAACCCCCCGCCACCAACCCCACUCCUGCACAGGAAAGCUGGGGCUGUGCUAUGGUCCUCGACUCCCUCCUCUCACUACCUACCCUGGUGCCGUUCGCACGUAACCCGACCUCAGUCCACUUCUUAAUCUCUUCCCUCACUCACCCAUCGCCCUCCUCCCCCACCGCCGGAUUGGACUGGAUUCAGGCAAAUCGACGUCGCAAGCUGCAACAAUCACUCAUCAACACCCUCCCCUCUUACUGCGGAGACAAAUACGGUUCGCGCCUAGCAGACGCUCUCUGGUACACCGUUGAUGGGUACAGUAAGGAAAAGAUUGUCAAGACUGUUAUCGAACAUGAUACAGAGAUCCUCAAGAUGCCGUAUGCUAGUUACUUUACGAAUAAGUUGCAGUUGCAAUUGUGGAGGAAGGGGAAAGUAAGGGAGUGGACGCAAGAGGUACAGGCCCAGCAACAGGGUUUGAAGAAGGAGGAAGAGAAGGAGAUGGCGGAGAGGAAGUGGAAGCCAAUUAUUGUUGAGACGAAAAGGGCAAAGAAGGAGAAUGGGAAGGAUGGUGGGAAGAAGAAGAAGAAGGAUAAAGUUGAUGGUGAAUUGGAUAGUAUUCUUGAUCAGAUCUAA